CAGUGCCACAGCUAAGUGGCAUCAUAAAAAAAAAAACCUCUCCAUGCAGCCAAAAUAAACACAAGUGGUCACAGAUCCCUGAUGGUUAAUCUGCAGAUUACAGCAUGUUAAUCUGGGUCAGUUAGUCUAUUAGGGCCCUGCUUCUCGGAGCCAGGGCGCUCGCCUCAACGCCAACCUACCUCUGCAAAGGAAGGAAUGUCAAAACUAUUAAAACAUGAUUCAGAAAGUAAAGAUGUAAUUAUCCCAAUUCUGUCUGGAGAUGCUUAGAUCUGAACAUUUAUCAGGGAGAAAAGAUGCACACAAAGAUCUACUGCUACACAAACAGAUUAAAAGUGAAUUAUAAAGAACCUACAUCAACAGUAACUUUUUUCUUUUUUAUUAGUAACAUGUGCAAAGCUUCAAAACGAGAGAGGAAGAGUGAGUGGAGGUGGAGCAGCUUCACUUCAGAGACACUCCAGUGUAAUUCCAGCUAAUGCGGAUUUGACCCGGGCCAUAUUGCGCACGACGCGCAGCGCCGCCCCCCCCCCCCCCCCCGGGAGAUUACGUGGUCAGAGUCGAGGUGAUUAUCUCGUGGAUGAAACAUGUAGUUUGACUUCGGCGGUUCUCGAAUGGGGGAAGAAGAGAAAACACAAAGGGUCUUUUUCUUUGCGUCCGGUCGACAUGCAGAUUGAAUCGCAGAGGGUUUUUCCUUUUUUCAGACCCCGAGUGAUGAUGAGACUUUUGUUGGAUUCGGACGCGCAGGACCGCGACAGAUGAUGAGAGUCGGGGGUGGACUUCAGGGUUCUUUUGGUGGAGUGCAGCAGCGGAUCUCUCUCGACGACCAGCCGACCUCGACGGGGACAGAAGUCUUGACACCGGCUCGCUGACAUGGACUCGCACGGCUCGUCGCUCAACCGCAGCCACUCGCAGGCGAGUGGCCUGGAGAAGUCGUCGCCGUCGUGGAACAAGCCGUCCCACUCUCGGAGCAGCAGCACCGUGUCGUCCCGCCACUCCAGACAGAUUAUCAAAGACUGGGAAGUGAUCGACGACCUUCAUAUAGAAAUUCACCCGGCGGCCGACAGCCCCCCGGACAUGACGACCCCGGGCAUCUGCGAAGGUUAUCUUCUCAAGAGGAGGAAGUGGCCACUGAAAGGCUGGCACAAGCGAUACUUUGUCUUGGAAGCGGGGAUCUUGCGCUACUCCAAAAAUCAACAAGAUGUCUCCAGGGGACGAGUGCAGGGCUCCCUGGACGUCGGCCUCGCUGUGAUGUCCAUAAACAAGAAAUCGAACCGCAUCGACUUGGAUGCGGGGGACAUCCUCUAUCACAUGAAGGUAAACGCAAAGAGCCACGAACUCUUCUACAUCUGGGUGACCAAGCUACAAGCCCACCGCCUGUUCAAGAAGAACGAGGCGGCUCACGCUCACGGCGGCUUCGUCCACACGUCGUCGCCCGGCGCUGCGGCCGGACAGGAUCAGAGAAACGGAGAUCUGAGCGCCGCAGGGGCGCCACAUUCAGCCGGCGCACCAGGAGCUCUGCCCUCAGCCAACACUGGUGCCAACAGCAAGGUGUCCGCCUGGCUGCAGCAGAGUCAGGCCCCAGACACCUGCGCUCAAGAUCUGAACCGGUGCCAUCUGGACCUGUCCGAGCUGAACCGCCUGAUCCAGAGGCUGCAGGCGCUGGAGGUGGGCCAGGCCUUCACCAACGGGGACCUGCAGAAAAUCAUCAGCACGCAGAAUCUCUCACUCGAGAAGCCGAAGAAGCCAAAGUCGGGGAAGAUUUGGGGUCACUCUCGCACGCUGUCCCGAGUGGAGGCGCUGGGAAUGCCUAUUCGUGGGAUUACCAAAUCGCUGUCCUCCAGUCACCUGGGCAGCUCGUCUCACCACGGUGCGUCGGUCCCCUCCAUCCCCGACUACGUCUACUCUCAGCUGUCGCCUCCGACCGCCGCGUCGCCCGAGGGCAAGACGAUCCAGCAGGACAUCUGUGCCACGUCGCUGCGAGUGCUCGCAUCCCUGAAGUCGGUGCACGAGACUCUGUCCCAGGAGCGGCAGAAACUACAGGCGGUCUGGGAAUCCAACAACAUCCACCAGUCGAACACGUUGGCCGAGCCUGCAGCAGGGCGCCGUCCAUCCCACGGGCCUCCCUCAGUGACUCCGAGUGAGUACUUUGACGCCAGCGAUGACAUCAUCUGCGGCAGUUCCUCCGAGGUGUCGGAAGAAUCGGGUCUGAGUGAUGGAAGCACGACGAACUCGGAGCCAGAGGAAGGACACGCGUCAGCCACCCGGAAGUACCGUGCAAGCAUUUCCAGGACUCCGGACAGCGCCGUUCCCAAAAGCACCGGCCGCCGAACCAGGCUCCCCUCUCCGUGUCCCGACAACAGCCACGUGGGCCUCAUGGCGAUCCUCUACAAUAACAUAGGUAAAGACCUGGCUCGCGUGUCCAUGCCCGCCGCGCUCAACGAGCCCGUCAACCUGCUGCAGCGGCUGUGUGAGGAGCUGGAGUACAGCGAGCUGCUGGACACGGCCAACAACACGGCCGACCCCUACCAGAGGAUGGUUUACAUCGCUGCCUUCGCGAUCUCCGGUUACUCCGCGGCGACGUUCAGGAACCGCUACAAACCCUUCAACCCGGUGCUGGGUGAGACGUACGAGUGCGUCAGGGAGGACCGCGGCUUCCGCUUCAUCAGCGAGCAGGUCUGCCACCAUCCGCCGAUCUCCGCCUGCCACGCCGACUCGGAGAACUUCUCUUUUUGGCAAGACCAGCGAUGGAAGAAUAAAUUCUGGGGGAAGUCGCUGGAGAUCCUGCCGACCGGGAUGGUGAAUGUGACUCUUCCGAGGUACGGCGACCACUACGAGUGGAACAAGGUGGUGACGUGCAUCAACAACGUCCUCAGUCAGCAGCGCUACCUGGAGCACUACGGCGAGGUCACCAUCCAGAACCUCAGGAGCAACGUCUGCACCUGCAAGAUCACCUUCGUCAAGUCUCGUUACUGGGGUUCGGACACGAACAAGAACGAGGUGCAGGGCGCCGUGCUGGACCAGAGCGGGAGUGUGAUCCACCGCUUCGGAGGCCUGUGGCACGAGGGCAUCUUCUGCGACACUCUGCCGACCCCCAAAUGCGUCUGGAAGCCGAAUCCCCAGCCCAAGGAUCACCUGCUGUUCUACGGCUUCUCCACCUUCGCCCUGGAGCUGAAUGAGCUCAGCGCCCGCCUGAGGCCUCUGCUGCCUCCGACGGACAGCCGCCUGCGCCCCGACCAGCGGAUGCUGGAGGAGGGAGACGUGGAGGAGUCGGACAGGCAGAAGGACGCGAUCGAGGGAUUUCAGAGGGAGCGGAGGAACCAGCUGGCCAAAAGGGGCGAGCAGCAUGUUCCGCGUUUCUUCGAGAAAGCCAAAGAUUCCUGUGGACGGGACGUGUGGCUGACGAACGGGACUUACUGGAAGAUCCGGGAGAGUCCAGGUUUUGCUAAAACUGAAAACAUAACUCUGUGGUGACGGGCGACGACAGCGACGAGCAACAACUGACAAACAAAACAAAAACAAAGCAAAAACACACGAGCGGGAAAUAAAAAUAUCCGUGCUGGAUAUUGGAUCAGCAUAUAUGAACCGCUCUGAGAACCGUGCGGAGCGGAGACGGUGCUGCUGAGCUUCCUCUUCCUCUUCGUGUCUUCUGUUCGUCCCGUGACUGGCUCACGGGAAAGUCUCCUGUCGAGUUACCCAGAAUUCAUUACAUGAAAAAAAAUAUGUAUAGAAAGAACUUUCUCAUUAAUAAUCAUUUUGUAAUGAAUGUUAUUUUUUUUUAGAUAACUUCAGUCAGCAUAUAUACAGUAUAUAUAUAUAUAUAUAUAUAUAUAUAUAUAUAUAUAUAUAUAUAUAUAUAUAUAUAUAUAUAUAUAUGUAUAUGUAUAUGUAUAUAUAUAUACUGUAUAUAUAUACAUAUAUAUAUGUGUAUAUAUAUGUUUAUACUUUUGCUGAAGAGACCGUAUGGGACACGUACUUGACAGACCUCGAAAUGAACAAAUGACUUGAAAUGAAAACAAAAGUACAUAUUUUUUUCUGUGAGGAUAGUGAGAGGCCUGUUAUGUUAGUUUACUGUAUAAUAAUUCAAUUAAAUCAUGUCUUCCUCCGUU